AUGGAAAAUCAAUUAAAUGCCAAAAUAGAAUAUGUUACGGAUUUUAACUUAUUUGAAAAACUAAAAAAAUCUAUUAUAAAAGACAAUGUGAACGAAUUGUACAUAUCCUCGUUAAGGUCCAUUUUGGAAAAGCUAGAGGACCCUGUUGUCGACACCAACCACAUUAUUUGCAAUCAUCAGUACGCAGAAGCGGUAUUAUUUUUUUAUGGAACUCUAAUUAUUGAAAAAUAUGAAUUCGUUUCUGUCUUUUGUGAAGAUAUAAUUUCAAAGAACAGGCUGGAAGGAGUAGUAGAAAGUUUAAAAAGAAUUAAAUUGAAUCAUGCAAACAAUUUAAGUAAAUUAAAAAAAGUAAUUAUUGAAAAUAUAGAUAACUGUCAAAAAUGUUUAAUGAUUUAUUACCUUUUGCAAAAGGAAUUUUUAGAAAUGAUAUAUUCAUUUACAAAAAAUGAGGAAAAAUUAAUAAAUUUCGUAAAAAGAGAAUUUUUUAAGUUUAAUUUUAAUCGACUAUUUAAUAAAAUAAUUUGUUCAUUGGAACAUGAUAAGGUAGAUUCUGCUGUGUUAGAGCUUAUGCUAAAUGGAGGGAAAAUAUUUCAAGUUAAUAAUGAUUAUCCGUUAGAGAAGAAUGAAGUAAAUCAGGUAAACCUGGAAUUAUUCAUUGGAAAAUUUUUAAGUUUAAAAGAUGACAAUAUACAUGAUAUUAUAAAAAGAUAUGCGAUUUACAAGUCGUUAAUUUUUCUAUGCAAUAUUGUACAUAUGGAAUUUAAGAGAUGUAAAAAAUUGUUAACAAAAACUAAUGAAAAUGCAAAUGGAGAACAAAGUUGUCUGAAGAGUAAUUCAGAAAAAUAUGGCCUGAACGAAUCUGAAGAAAACAUGGAUAAUGUUAACAGUACAGAAUUUUUACAAUCAUAUGUGUAUAUACAUAUAUUCCUCCUUUUGCAGAAUAGGGAAGUGGAAAAUAGCAUAAUUAAAGUUUUGAAGGAUAAAAUUAUUCUUUACUCUUUAAUGUUGAACGCACUGAGAUAUGCAGAUAACUUUAUCCAGUUGAUAAUAUUUAAGAUUAUAAAUUUGACGUUUAUAAAUGACGAUAAUUUUUUAAAUGAUUCAAAUAAAAAAUUAAUAACAUCUAUAUUGUUUUACUGGGUUAAAUUAGCAGAUGCUUGUGUUAUUAAGAUGAUUAACACGAGUUCGCCUGAAGGAAGCAUUGGUUCUAAUACACUGAAAACAGAUAAUUUCUUUUUAAAAAAGAAUUUUUCUGAUUAUGACAUUUUGAAAUAUAUACAAUGUUUAAUCAGUGCAAUAUACCUACUAUCUCUUAUUAAAAAGAAGAAGAAGGAAGAGGAGGAAUCAACUAAUUUGUCAGUGGAACAAUCAACAUUACAAAAGUGCGAACACAGUGUGGUCUUUUAUGUGAAUAAAUACAAUCUAGAGAGAUUAUCAUUAAAGACUUAUUUUACAGAUAGUGAAAACUAUGAUUAUUUUUUGGGUGUUUUAUUUUCAGAAAAUAAAGAUAUACUUAAUAAAUUAUUUAAUUUAACAUUCAAACUCCUAUACUUUGUGAAAAAUUCUAAAAUAUAUAUUAUGAAAAAUACAAAUAUGAAGAACAAAUAUUUUGAGCAGGCAACCACGUAUUCGUGCAUAAAUAUUGUUUAUAACAUACUAGAUGUAACAAAAAGGUUGUUUUUAAAUUAUUUUGAAGUUGACGAAUAUACAAAAAAUCUGUACAAAACUUCUGUAAAAGAAAAUAAAAAUUCCUUUGAAUGUAUUGUUCUGCAUUCCUUUGUUCAAUUCAUUGGACACAGAGAUUACUACAUCCGUUUAUACACAAUAAAGGUUUUGACAAUUAUUUUGUCCGAUUCAGCCGUUCGUGAUUCAGUGGAGAAAAACAUGAUUUUUGAAAUGUUUGAUUCUCUUAUGAGCAUAGAAUUCCCUAGUGACAAAUUGAAGAAGAGUGAAGAAAUAAAGAACGUAAAUAAUUUGUUAUUACUUCUAUUGAAGACAAAUAUAAAGGAUAAUAAAUACUCAAAUAAAAUAAGCAGUAUAAUAUUUAGUGAUAAACAGAAAGAUGUUAAAAAGUACAUUGCAUCUAUUUGUGAUGAUGGUUUUAACGUAAUACAUUUGAAAUCAAUAUUCGAAUAUUUUUUUAUUUUAUUUGUUAAAUUAAUUAAUGUUAUUAUAAAAAAGGUUAUGUCCCUUUUACCAAUGGAAAAGUACAAAGUAUUAUUUAUGAACGUUUAUGAAAUUUUAGAAAUUUUUAUAAAAGAAUUAAAAGAAGAAAAGAAUAAAAGAUAUAGAUCCCUUUUUUUUUCUGUAGCCAUGUAUUUCUCACAUUUGAUUUCAAAUAGCAUAUAUAAAUCGAAAGUGCAUUCGUCGAUUCCGUUUCUAAAUAAGGUUUUUAGUUUAAUUAAAAAUAUUGAAAAUUACGUAGAAUUGAUGUAUGAUGAUUUAAUUAAUUUUAAGGACACGCGUGAGGACGAGCUCUCUGAGGAUGAAUUCUAUGAGGAAGGAAAGACUGAGAAGUUGAUAUUUGAGGAAGGGACAUCAGAUGAAGAAGUGUAUUAUUCUAGUGAUUCUAAUUCAGAGAGUGUGAAAGAUAUGCAUAUGUUGUAUUUUUACAAGAAUACGUAUUAUGAUGACGAAAUGGAGGUAAGGGAAAAGGAAUCACAUAGUGCUACCGCGGAUAUAUCUAGUAGAAUCAAUUAUAGCAGUAGCAGCAUUGAGAAUCUACAUAAGAAUAAAAAAGAGACUGACAGUUUUAACUCAAACGGAUUAGGAAAAUAUAAACUUUUUAUGAAAAGGUCAAUAACGAAUGGUAAAGUAAACGAAGAACGGAUUUAUAAUUACCUGAAUAGUUUUUUUUUUUUAUGUGUAAGUAGUGCGAGCAUGAGAACUAGAAGACAUAUUGUGAAAUCGUAUGAUUUGAUUGUGAAAAAUAUGAUGAAAGAUGAAAAUAAACUAAAUAGAGUUAAAAAGAGAUGCGGCAUUUUUUCCUUACCCAUUGUAAUUAUAAAAGAUGUAGAGAAGGAAGACAAAAGAUAUAAUCUGAUUAUUGACAAAUAUGAUUAUAUUUUAAAAAGUUACAUUGUUGAUUUUUUUAAAUCUAAAAAAUACGUGUACAAUUUUUUAUUAUCAGUGUUUCAGUUUAGUAACAUAAUGAUUUUAUAUUUAAAAAAAACUCAUUUUAUAAGUAACGAGUUUGAUGAAAAAUUUGAUUUAUUAGACUGUUUUUUGCUUAUAAAUUCCAAAACAUGGUUUUAUUUAAAUGUUGUAAUAGAAAAUAUAAGAAAAUAUCUAAAGAAAAGAAAAGCGAAUCAAUUUUUUUUAAGAAUCCUUAAUUUAAUAAUUGAUAAUAUUUGGAAAAUAAUCAUAUUCAUUUUUUUUAAUACAAAAAUAAAAGCCUUUUCUAUAAAAUCCAAAACACAUUCCAUACGUAUUUUUGCAAGAGAUUCGCUUUUGUUAUUUUUGAAUUUUUUUUCAACAUGGAUUUUAUUUACGAAAAAUUCUUCAUCAAAUGUGAAUUUUUUUACUCCUAAUAUUAUUUUACCUGAAUUAUUUUUCAGGAAAUUUAGCCAUAUAUCUAUGCAAAUAUUAACCGUCUUUAAUUUUGUUGAGUCAAAUUUACAAUCUCUUAGUCACCAUGAAACUAAUAUAUCAUUGUUAAUAAGACAGAAAGAAAUUAUGAGUAACAUUUUAGAUGCAUUGAUAAGUAUAGUGAAAGAUAAAAAUUCCCAUGUUUAUGAAAACGAUUUAAAUAGUCUUAUAAACUUUAAACUAAAACUGAAGAACUUGACGAUUCCUAAAAAUGUAGAAAAUCUUUUUAAAACAUGUGACUAUGAAGUACUAUUUAAUAAGGCUAAGCAAAUGAUGAUGUGUAAGGAAAAAGUAAAUGACACAUUAACAACAGAAUUUAAAUCUGGAGAAGGAACUGCUAAAUCAAAUCGAAACAUGCCCUGUGGAAACCAAGGUCCAGAGAACGUAGUAAAGAAAAAUGAUCCCAGCUUUAAAGUAUUAACAUCAAACUGGCAGGAAUGUGAACAGGAUGCAAUUAUACGUGAUAAUAUGAAAGUAUAUGAAGGAGAAAGAUUAAGAUCAGAAUCUGGAUCGGCCUCGAGAUCAGUAUCCAGAUCACAGUCCCCUUCUAAUAGCUUAAGUUCAAAGGAUGGAAAAAAAAAGGAAAUUGAAGAAAAAGAAAUUAAACCCCAAUUUGAUAAUUUGUCAGAUGAAAUGAAAAAAGAAGCAGCAUUAGAGAAGGCAAAAGAAAUUUUAGAAAAAAGGGCUGCUUUAAAAACUCAGAAAAGAGCCAUCAUACUGAAUGAAACAAAUUCCAAAAAAAACAAACAUCAAUACUUCAAAGAAAUGAAAGAAAAAAGAAUGGAAACAGAGAAUAACAUUAAUAAGUACUUUGUUAUGUUACAUGAGUUCCUAAAUUGGGAUUUCAGCAAUUUGGAUAGCAUAGAAAAGUACAAAAAGUGCAUUAAUGAAGAAAUUCCAUUGCGUUUUAAGAGCGAAGAAGAUUAUCACAAAUUUUUUAGGCCAAUGGUACUGGAAGAAUGUAGAUGUUGCAUUGUGAAUAAAAUGUUCGGAAAUACGAAUAAGUACGUGUUAAACUUGGUGGGGAAAAAGAAAACAUCAUAUUGGAUAAUAUGGAAUAUGACGUUAUCAAAUGAAAAUCAGGUCGUGUUUGAUAAUUUAAAACCAAUGGAUUUGCUGGUAUUAAUUCCUUUUAAAACUGAAAAAAAUGGUUUAAUAAAUAGUGACAAAGGAACUGUUAAAUAUGAGAAAUUGAAAAACAUUUUGAAAUCAAACAAGCAUUUAAUUGGGUUAGUUGAUUUUUCGAUAAAUAAAUCAGAAAAUAUGUAUGAUAUUAAACUAAUUAAUGAAGAUACUUUUCCCUCCAAAUCAGAGAAUGAAAACAAUAGGUUAAAAUUAAAUUGUCUUUCGUGUAACAAAUUUCAUGCCUACUUUUUGUGUAAUCUGAUGACAAAUAUAAGAGAAUUUCAAAGUGUCUACUUGAGCAAAAGUUCUUCCUUAUUUAAUAUUGUUCUGAACCCGUUAGCAUCUAAUAAUAAUAAUAAUAAUUUAAUGGAAUCAAAAAAGAGCUCCUUUAGUAAUGGACGGGUAAAUGAAGAAAAUAGGAAAAUUGGUGAUAAGAGGAGAAACACUUUAACUAAUAUGGAAAAGUAUAUAUUGAAUAUUAUGAAGGAUUAUAAUUUGUUAAACGAAUCUCAAAUAGAUGCUGUUAAAUUGGUUUUUUUAAAUAAAAAUAAUAUAUCGCUAAUUCAAGGCCCUCCAGGCACAGGUAAAACAAAAACGGUUAUCGGGAUAAUAUCUGCUUUAUACGCAAUCAUUAAUCAUAAUAAUAAAGAUAACAAAAAUGAGAAAUCAAAAAAAAUGAAAGACUGUUUAUACAAUGAACAAAAUGAAAAUUGUAAUAAAAAGAUUUUGGUUUGCUCUCCAUCAAAUUCUGCAAUAGAUGAAAUUGCCAAAAGGAUUUUGAAUGAUGGAUUAAUAAAUUUUAUGAAUGUAAAUGGAUUUAAAAAUAAUAGCAAAAAAAGUAGCGGUAGUAGUAGUGCUAGUAGUAACAACAGUAGCGUCUUGAGUGAAUUACUAGGCAAUUCACAGGAUAACUGUGGAAAUAACAAAAAAUCAGAAAAUGUGCAAAAAUUUAAAAAAAUAAAUAUAGAAAAAGAAUCAAAAAAAAAAAUAGGAAAUAUCAAUGUGGAAGAAAACGAAACUAUGAAUUUCCCAAAACAAACCAUUACACCAAAAUGCAUUAGGAUAGGUAUAUCAAAAAGGACACAUGAAGAAAUACAACCCAUUUCGUUAGAUUACAUAUUUAAUAAAAGAAAAAACAUGGAACAAAAUGUUUAUGAAGCUCAUUUUAAUGAUAAGAAAAAUAAGUUAUCAUUUUCUGUUAAGGCAAUAGAUCACACAUGUGAUAAAAUGAAAGAAAUGAGAGACAAAUUAAAUUGUAAUAAUUCUAAAAUGUAUUGUUACGAUUUUAACGAAACAAAAUCAAAAUCAUCAUCGCAUAAAAAAAUUGAAAAUGUAAGUGAUUUUUUUUCAGGAGAAAUUAUAAAUAAUGUAGAUACAAAAUAUUUAGAAAAACUGUUAUACUUAUUUAAUGAAUCGUAUUCGCAUUAUGAAUGGAGUUUGGAAAAAUUGAAUUCAGAAAAAAAAUGUUUUGAAGAGAAAAAAACAAAAUUAAUAGAAACAGAUAAGGAGAUAGGUUCUUUUUAUUCAAAUACUAAUAAAGACAAUAUGAUUUUCGAAAGUGAAGUAAUAUUUAGUACAUUAUCUGGAAGUGCAUCCCCCGUAAUUGAAAAUUUAGAAUUUGAAUAUUUAAUUAUAGAUGAAGCUUGCCAAUGUGUGGAAUUAAGUUGUUUAAUACCAUUCAGAUUAAAAAUUAAAAAUAUAAUCAUGUUAGGUGAUCCAAAACAAUUACCUGCCACUACAUUUUCUUCAGAAUGUAUAAAAUAUGGUUACAGUAGGUCACUAUUUGAAAGAUUAUUAUUGUGUAAUGUACCGAACGUUUUACUGAAUGUGCAGUAUCGUAUGAGACAAGAAAUAUGUUACUUUCCAAACAAGUAUUUUUACAAAGGAUUAAUAAAAAAUGAUGAAAAUGUAAUGAGUAAAGAAUCAUUUUAUAUUCAUUAUUUAAACUUAUAUGGGCCUUAUAAAUUUAUUAAUAUUGAUGGAAUAGAAUCUACUACACAUAAUAAAUCCUACAUUAAUUACGUGGAGGCCUAUUUUAUAUUCAAAUUAGUGAUAUAUAUUCAUCAUUUUUUUAGUAAUAAAAAUAAUGAAAAUCCAAUACCAAGUUUUUACAAAUUGUCUGUUAAUUUUAGUUUAAAUGAUAUAGGCAUUAUUUGUCCAUAUCAAUCACAAGUACAUUUAAUAAAAAAUAUGUUUGAAAGUUAUUUUCUUAAUAACACUUCACCAGAAGUAUCAACGGUUGACGCAUUUCAAGGGAGGGAAAAAAAUAUCAUCAUUUUUUCAUGUGUCCGAUCGAAUCGACAAGCGGUGGAAGUUUUCAAAAGCAGGGAUGAAUUAGAAAUUGAAAAUGGGAAAACUAAUUCGAGUGAAAAAAGUAGAAGCAGUCGAAGUUGUAGUGGUCCUAGUUCUAGUGAUCGCAGUUUGGAUAAUCACUCCUUUGAGGAAAUAAGAGAAGAUAAUUUAUAUAUUGAUGAUCUACAUAAGAAAAAGUGGCUAAAUGUAGGUAAGAACAAGAGUGCAGCAACAACGAACGAUUUUAAAUCUGUACACAAAUAUGGGAAUAAUAUCGGAUUUUUAAAAGAUGAAAGGAGAUUAAAUGUAGCUCUUACCAGAGCAAAGGAUUGUUUAUGGAUAAUAGGAAAUAAAAAGAAUUUAGAAAAGAAUUCUAUGUGGGAUUCAUUAAUAAAAAAUGCAAUUGCACGGAAUUUCUAUUCUGAUUUAAACCUAAAUUUCGGUAGAAGUACUACGGAAGAAAAUAUAAAAAAUAUAAUUGAUAAAUAUUUUUUGCAAAUUCGUAACAAUAUACCGGAAGAAGUAAAUUACAAAAAUAAUGAAAAUGACAUGAAUCUCGAGAUAUUUAAUUCCUCCAGUUCAGAAUGUACCACAAAAGAGUCUAGAAUAAAAGGAGAAAAUUUAUUUAAAGAAAGAAAAAAAAUUACUCGAAUAAAUUAUAUGAAUAAAAAUGAAAAAAAAAUGAAAAUAAAGAUGAACUGGAAUAUCCUACCCGAAGAUGAACUAAUGUGCAGCAGGGCUUAUAACGGAAAUAAAUAUUGGAAAAAUAGUGAGUACCAACAGAAUGGAACUAUAAAAGGUAAUCAUUUGGGGAGAAACAUAAAAAAGAGAGAAAACGAAGAAAUUAUAGUAGUAGAAGAAGAGGAAAUGUUUUUCAAAAAAAGAAAACUUCACUACUAA